AUGGCCGAUGAACUCGCUGAUAAUUAUGCAAAUUUAACCCUAAACUCAGAGGAGACUGAUGUAGUGGACGUCGGAGACAUUGAUCACCCAGAACAAGAUUCUAGGGUUUCCUUAACACUCGUGGGGAAACUUUAUACUGAUCGUGGAAUAAACUUCGAUGCUUUCAAGAGAACUAUGAAUCAUGCUUGGGCGCUGAAAGGUAAAGUAAUUAUUCGCAAAUUAGAGUCCAAUUUAUUUGCUUUCCAGUUCAGUAAUUCUCGUGAUAUGGAGAAGGUAAUGGCGGGUCGGCCAUGGUGUUUUGAACAAGCACUUCUUCUUCUCAAUUCUAUUAAUGGGAAUGAACAGCCCUCAGAGGUUCAACUUACCCACUCACCUUUUUGGGUCCGUUUAGAGAAUCUUCCCUUCAACAGUCGAUCAGAGAACCAUGUGAAAACUAUAGCCUCGAAUAUUAGAGAUGUUCUGGAAAUAGAAGAUGAUGAUUCUAUCAUAUGUAAAAGUCGAAGGGUGAGGGUUUUAUUGGAUGUGCGAAAACCAUUGCGGUGA